AUGCAAGCAGAGAACUUGUUUCCUUUUCUGGUUUCGGACCAACAACCUCCAUUGUUGACCGCACAUCUUCCCGAUCCAACAGCUGAAGAUGAAGUGAGAACAGUCGUGACACCUGAUGUGAAAAUCGGAUACGUAAUCCCACCAAACCCAAGGGCGUCCCGUGUGCUGCCUGAGAUUCUCGAGCACGACAUCCUUCCCCAAAUACCCGACCCCAAAAUCAUCCUCCGGAUCGGGCGCACAGUACCUCCCGCGGUUAAUACACUGCGACUUGCACUGAUCGCUCAGCACAAAAGGCUGGGGACAAUACCACGUGAUGUAGUGCGGCGUAAACUUGGUGUACCCGCCCCGCUCCAGCAGCUGAGCAUUCCCCUUGAAGCUACUCACGAAGCUCGUCUGAUCGUCACAUCGUACCCCACACUCGUCGUUACUGUUAGUCCAAAACUCGUACUCCACUCGCUGGUCCGGGUGGGGCAUCGACUCCGUCCAGUCGAGCUUCAUCAACACUUGUUCCCCGUUCGAGAGAGCUUCCUUGAGCGAAGGCUCGUCCAUUGUAUCGGCCACGAGGACUGCCGAAGCACCCGCCAGCUGGGCGUGUUUGACUUGAAAGGCUUAUCCCCGUCGAACGGGGAGCAAGCGAACGGGGUUUUGUUCGGGUAUUUGAGGGUCCCGACCAGGAAUCCUCCGUACUCAGGUACACCGAAGUUCCCUAUGGAGGCGUCGUGGAUCGACUUGAGACGGGACGGGGAUAAAAUGCGCAGGCUGCUUUUCUCGACCACAAAUCUCGGCUGGACGAAACAUGCGGUCGUCAUUAGGAUCAACAUUAUUAGCGCGCCGCGCCCCAUAAUUAAAAUUGAGCUUUUCAAGGGAUGGUUUGUUGAGAAUAUGAGUAUGCAAGAUAUGUAUAUAAAAUUUUGGGAGGGAGGGAGGGAGGGAGAUAAGCUAGCUAGGCAGUUGUUGUACAAGUAG